GAGGAUUUAAAAAGCCGGAGCCGAGAGUCCCGCAGCAUCAGUUGAAAUUAUUCCGGUGGCUAUUCAAGAGGAAACCUAAAAGACUUAAACUAAACUUAAACUUAAAAGUACGAAAAUGGUCCAGCCGGUGGUGCUCUUGUCUGCGAUUUGUUUUAUUACCGUCGCCCUGGGAUCGGAGGAAUCUUGUUAUCUCACUGAAGAGCAGGAGGACGACUGCGCGGCGGUCUGUCAUCCGAUCGUGAAGCCCCUCCUGAGGUACUUUGAGAAGAUUCAGGCCAAAGAAUCCCAGUUCCAAAAGGAAAACUUAGAGUUGCAGAAAAAGUAUACGGACUUGCAGCAAAAAAGUCUGGAAAAUUAUGACCAGCUAUCGAAGUCCCUGAGAAACUACUCCGACUUGCAGAAAAAGUAUUCAGAUUUGCAGGAAAGCCAUUCGGAAUUGCAGAGAAGAGAACUGGAACUUAUAUCACAGAUGCAAAAGGAUAUAUCGGACUUGCAAAAGGAUAAAUCGGACUUGCAAAAUAGGGUGAUUGAAGUCGAAAAUCUACAGGCUCAAAUAGAUUCAAAAAAUGUGGAGAUCAAAUUACUAAAAGAUAAAAUUAAAUAA